UAGCCGAAAAAAAGAAAAGCGAGACAAAAAAUAUGGAGAAGAAUAGGCCCUACGCUCCCACCCAUCUAGAAACCCUUGACUAACAACAUACAAAUAAAUCACCUUCCUCUUCUCAUUAACUCAUUCGUGACAUCACCAUCAAAAUCUCACCAUGUAUCAUCCAAGCGCUUCAUCUCCCACCCAAAGAAAUCGCUACGGCGAGCUACAAUUCGCGCCAAUUCAUCAUCACGAAGCCAUGGAAAGCGACGAUUCCGGAGCUAUCUCGCCGCCUCUGUGGAGGAGCAGCCCCAGUCCGUCGCGCCCCCUCCUCAGCCACCGCGCCUCCUUCUCGCCUGAUUCUCGAGCUCAAGCCAUUGCUAGGGGGCGCUCCGAGCUCAUGGAAAUGGUGAGGCACAUGCCGGAAUCGUCGUACGAGCUCUCCUUGAAGGAUAUCGUCGAGCAUCAUCACAGAGCUGAGAAUCAAAUUAAUCAAUCCCAUAAAACAGGGGGAUUGGAUUCGGAUCAGAGAGCGGCGGCGGGAUUGAAGAAAGAGGAGGGCAGGAAAUUUGAUCGGAAAUUGAGCUUCGAGGAUAAGGGGUUCUUUUUGAAUAUGGCGUUUCCGUUUUCGUUUAAGUCGAAGAAAAAGAAGAAAAAUGUUGGUGGUAAUAGUGGGAGAGUUUCUCCAAAGCCGGAUGGAUUGAAGGGCGGUGGCGAGAAGGAUUGGUGGAAAAAGAAAUUUACGGGAUCGAGCGAUAGUGAUAGCAGCAGAAUUAGUAAUAACAGCGGCAGCAGCAGCGCCGCCACCGCCACCACCACCACCAGCGGCCGCAGUGACGAUGCCCGUGGAAGGAGAAGAAAUGGGGGUUGUUGGCAAUUAUUUCAGUUGAGAAGAAGCAAAAGUGCCUAGUAAAGAGAAAGAUCCCUAUUCUGUGUUGCUAGUGAUUUAGUAGUAUUUAAGUGGGAAACAGAUCAUAGCUAACACUCCUUAAAAAUAAAUUUGGGGAAAUAUUAGUGUAUAUUCUUUUAUUUAUUUUUUGCUGUUACUACUACUAAACUUAUUCGAGUUUUAUUUAGUUGCCUUUAUAUGUUUCUCCAUUUGUGGACAUUUUACCAUCUUUUUCCCUUUUGUAACAAGCAAAAUAUAUUGUAGCAAAUGCCAAUUUGUAUUUAUACGUUUUAGCUUUUAAGUCAAUACACCGUUUUAUGCUC